AUGGACGUAAAUAGAGAUGUUAGUCACGUUAGUGGUGACGCAAACCACCUAUCCGGAUAUUCCUUUUCAGCUCAUCACAACAUUGUCCACCCAUCAGCUGAGCUUGGAUCAAAAACAACAGUAAAUCCUGUACAUGUGUGCAUUUGUUUUGUGAGUUUUGAUCAUACAUUAACAUUUUGUGGGUUGCAGGUUGGACCGCAUUGUAUGCUUGGAGAAGGCUCUCAAGUCGGUGACAAAUGCAGUGUCAAAAGAUCUGUAAUUGGGAGACAUUGCCGCAUAGGCUCCAACGUGAAGGUGGUUAAUUCAGUUGUGAUGGACCAUGCCACAAUAGGAGACGGUUGUUCAAUUCUAGGCUCAGUCAUUUGCAGCAAUGCACAGCUUCAAGAGCGUGUUUCUCUUAGAGACUGCCAGGUGGAAGCAGGGUAUAUAAUUUUUGCCGGGGGUGAACACAAGGGAGAGACUUUCGCCAGAAAAUGA